UUGCUAUGGAAUCAAGAGUUACAGUUUCUGCAUCCGGGGAGUUUUUACUGCUUUUCCCUGACUUUUUUUUGCGAAGACAGAAUGAAGACAUAGUUUAGUUUAGUGUGUAUUUUUUCCGUUUACGUUAGUGAGUUCAGAAAAAACAUUUCCUGGGCUAGUAACCGUCAAGAACUUAGGAUUGUUUUUUUUUCUCUCUCUCGAGUAAACUGUGUGUUUAAAGCUAUGGCUUCAGAUUCGGAAGAUUGCGAGUGGAUUGUAGAAAGCAUUGCAGGGUUACUUGGUAGCUCUAUGUGGUCCCUUCCUGUUGCAGACUUCAUAGAACAAAACUGUUCAGUAUUUGAUACAGAAGAAGAAAACAAGCUGUCAUACACAGAAAUUCAUCAGCAAUACAAGGAGCUGAUUGAGAGGCUGCUAGGAGGUUACCUUGAAGAAAUUGGUAUUACGGAAGAACAGUUUUUGGAUGCUUGCACGUCUCCACUUUUGCAAUCUGAUAAACUGCAGGUUCUCUUUCAGCCAUUGUUGGCAGCUGAGGACUUUGAAGUUUUCAGAUCAUUAAUGGUGCAGAGGAAUAUUGAAUUGCAGCUGCAAGCAUUGCAUGUGAUCCAAGAGAGAAAUGGUCUGCUUCCAGAAUGUUUAAUGGAUGGAGCCGAUGAUGUUACUGAAUUGGAACAACAGGAAAUAAGAAUAUUGAAAGAAGUGUUAAAGAAGUCCAAAGAGGAAUAUGAGCAAGAUUUGGCAAAGAAAAGAAGUCAGACAGAAAUAGGGUCAGCAUCAAACAGAACAAAGCACAGUGGAGAGAAUGUGAAUAUGGAGAAUAUGAAGCUGAAACAUCUACAGUUAAGACAAGAAAAUGAAGUUAAAGUGGAGCAUUUACAAAAGGUAAAUCAUGAAUUAACUACAACAACAGAAACUGCUGUCAAGUGUACUUCAUUGGGCACUGAUGAAGUAACGAAAAAGAAGAUUUUCUGUGGCGAUAGUAAUCAUCAAAACGAGGAGCUUUUUUCAGGAUCAACUAGAAAAUCUACCAUUAGGACGUUAGGGCCACUUCGCGUGGUAACAAAAAUGGCAGAACCUCCUCAAGAGACUUCAUCAUCUGCAAUAAAAGAGCAGAGCAGUAAUGAAGCAGCAGAGGCUUGGGUAGAACGGGCGAAAAAGGAGGCAGGCAUUUCUGGAUCAGCAGUAGAGCUGACAGAGACUGAAAAGGAACAGUUGAAAAAGCGAACAGAGUAUCUAAAACAGCAGCGUGAUAAACUCAUAUCUGCAAAAAAGGAACGGCAAAACAAACUUGGCCAAACUAAAGAAAAAGAUGUGCUAAAACCUGAGCCUCCAAUUGAACAGGUAGUGACAGAAUUGGAAAGUGAAAAACUGGAGAAGAGGAGACAACUAGCAGAGAAGCUUAAGGAAGAAGUAAUCAAGAAAUAACUUUUGGAAAGUAGUGCUUUGCCAAUAAGACUGUUUCAAAAACCAAACUGUAAAAACAUAAUUUAAUUCCUCAUGGGUCAAGUUUUGAUUUAAUGUUCUGAUUUAAAUCUGUCACAUUAUAAGUUUUGUUUUUUUUUUAGGGCUGUUGUGUGUAUGUAUACACACACACACACACACACACACAU